AAGUCUCGUCCACUCGCUCUGUGCAACAACCGUGCUUGGCAUUUCGCUGUGCUGUCUGUCAUAUCGCCCUUCGAGUCAUGGCUACCCAUUCAACCGAAGAGCCGUUCCCCUUCCACGGACUGCUUCCCAAAAAAGAGACCGGCGCCGCGUCCUAUCUAAGCCGGUUCCCCGAGUACGAUGGCCGAGGGGUUCUCAUCGCGAUCAUGGACACCGGAGUUGACCCAGGGGCGCCCGGCAUGCAGGUCACAACAGAUGGGAAGCCAAAGAUUGUUGAUAUCAUUGACACAACGGGCAGUGGUGACGUGAACAUGACCACAGUGGUGGAGCCGAAAGAAGGGACAAUCACUGGCCUCUCUGGUAGAAUACUGAAGAUCCCUCCUGCUUGGGUCAACCCAUCAGGGAAGUAUCACAUUGGAGUUAAAAAUGGCUAUGAGUUCUUCCCUAAGGCCCUUAAAGAAAGAAUACAGAAAGAGCGAAAGGAGAAGAUGUGGGACCCCGCACAUAGAGCAGCACUUGCUGAUGCCUGUCGCAAAAUGGAGGAGUUUGAUCUCUCACACCCAACUCCAUCGCAGUCAGAGAAGUUACAGAGGGAAGAGUUGCAAAGUCAAUCAGAGCUGCUUGUCUCACUAGAAAAAAAAUACAGUGAUCCCGGUCCUGUAUACGACUGUGUUCUUUGGCAUGAUGGCGUCACAUGGAGGGCCGUAAUGGACACCUCCGAGUGUGGAGAAUUGUCACAGUGCACUGUUCUGAGCUCCUACAGAGAGUCACAAGAGUAUGCAACCUUAGGGAGUGCAGAGAUGCUAAACUACUCUGUCAAUAUUUAUGACGAGGGAGCGACACUUUGCAUCGUUACCAGUGGAGGGGCCCAUGGGACACAUGUUGCAAGCAUCGCAGCAGGUUACUUCCCAGAAGAACCGGAGCGCAACGGGGUCGCCCCCGGUGCCCAAAUCCUAGCGCUGAAGAUCGGAGACACUCGGUUGAGUACCAUGGAAACGGGCACAGGACUGAUUCGAGCUAUGAUUGAAGUCAUCAACUACAAGUGUGACUUGGUUAACUACAGCUAUGGGGAAGCCACCCACUGGCCCAAUUCAGGGAGGAUUUGUGAGGUGAUCACAGAAGCUGUGCAGAAGCACAAUGUGAUAUUUGUGUCAAGCGCGGGGAACAACGGCCCCUGCCUCUCCACCGUGGGCUGCCCCGGAGGAACCACCAGUAGUGUCAUAGGUGUUGGAGCCUAUGUGACCCCUGACAUGAUGGUAGCUGAGUAUUCCCUGAGGGAGAAGCUGCCUCCCAACCAGUACACCUGGUCCUCCAGGGGCCCCAGUACAGACGGUGCACUAGGGGUCAGCAUAAGUGCCCCCGGUGGGGCCAUUGCAUCUGUACCCAACUGGACUCUUCGUGGUACCCAGCUGAUGAACGGCACCUCCAUGUCAUCCCCCAACGCCUGCGGAGGCAUUGCUCUCAUCCUCUCUGGAUUAAAACAGCAGGGGAUACGUCCCUCUGUUCCUGGAGUCAGGAGAGCCCUGGAAAACACAGCUCUGAAGGUUGAUGACAUUGAGGUGUUUGCACAGGGCCACGGAAUCAUUCAGGUGGACAGGGCAUUAGACUACCUCAUCCAAAAUGCCUCCUUACCUACCAGCCAUCUGAGUUUCUCAGUAACCGUGGGAACACAGAGAGGCAUCUACCUCAGGGAUCCGGCGCAACUUUUGGCCCCCUCAGACCACGGCGUCGGAAUAGAACCGAUAUUUCCUGAAAACACAGAAAACACCGAGCGAAUAUACUUGCAGCUACACUUGGCGCUCACGUGUGCAGCCCCGUGGGUUCAGUGUCCAUCUCAUCUAGAGCUGAUGAACCAGUGUCGUCAUGUCAACGUCCGUGUGGAUCCUGUGGGCCUGAGGGAGGGGGUGCACUACACAGAGGUAUGUGGCUAUGACACAGCAGCGGCUGGUUGCGGGCCGCUGUUCAGAGUCCCCAUCACAGUUAUUAUUCCCAGCAAGGUGACAGAGAGCCAGAAUCACGAAUUGUGUUUCAAAGACGUCCACUUCAGACCAGGACAGAUCAAACGGCACUUCCUCACUGUGCCUCGGGGAGCCACCUGGGCAGAGAUCAUGCUGACUUCUCAUUCUGGAGAUGUGUCCUCAAAGUUUGUUCUGCAUUCGGUGCACCUCGUCAAGCAGAAAGCAUACCGAGCGAAUGAAUUCUACAAGUUCUCCUCACUUUUGGAAAAAGGCUCGCUAACUGAAGCCUUUCCCGUGCUGUCAGGUAAGAUUGUGGAACUGUGCAUUGCACGCUGGUGGGCCAGUCUCGGCGAUGUCACAGUGGACUACAACAUCUCGUUCCACGGUCUCAGUAUUUCUCCUUUGCCGCUGCACAUGCAUGCGUCAGAGGGAGUUACAAAUUUUGACGUGUCAUCGCCGCUGAGGUAUGAGGACGUUUCUCCGACAAUCACCCUGAAGUCUUGGGUUCAGCCUCUCAGGCCUCUCAGUUCAAAGAUCAAGCCUUUGGGAGGGAGGGACGUUCUCCCCAACAACCGGCAACUUUACGAAAUUAUUCUCACCUACAGUUUUCAUCAGCCGAAGAGCGGCGAGGUCACACCCAGCUGCCCCUUGCUGUGCGAGCUGCUGUAUGAGUCCGAGUUUGAUAGUCAGCUGUGGAUGCUGUUUGAUCAGAACAAGAGACUACUGGGUUCAGGGGAUGCCUACCCGCAUCAGUAUUCUCUCAAGCUGGAAAAGGGCGACUACACAGUACGCCUGCAGGUGCGCCACGAGUUGUCGAGUGAGCUGGAGCGCCUAAAAGACCUGCCGUUUGUUGUCUCCCAUCGUCUGUCUGCCACCCUCAGCCCGGAUGUCUACGAGACGCACCGGGCGGCCCUUCUGGCCAAGAAGAAAGCAAACUCUGUCACCCUGUCACCAGGGGCCACGCAGCAUUUCUAUGUCACAGCCUUGCCGGAUGACAAGAUUCCAAAAGGGACGAGCCCAGGAUGCUAUCUUUCAGGCUCCCUUGUUGCGGCCAAAAGUGAAUAUGGCAAGAAAGCAGGGCAGUCCUCUGCAAAACGACAAAGAAAGUUUAAAAAGGAUAUUGUGUCAGUCAUCUACCACCUCAUCCCUGCACCCAACAAAGCAAAGAAUGGAGGGAAGGAGAAAGAUAAGGAUGCUGACAAAGAGAAAGACGUAAAAGAGGAGUAUGCCGAAGCCAUUAGGGACUUGAAGAUUCAGUGGAUGACCAAGUUGGAUUCCAGCUCGCUUUAUGAUGAGCUGAAGGAAAAGUACUCUGAUUACCUUCCUAUACAUGUGCAAAGACUACAUCAGCUGGACUCUGAAAAGGAGCGUGCAAAGCGUCUUGGGGAGGUGGUGUCAGCCGCUGACGUGGUCAUCUCACACAUUGACCAGACGGAAUUGGCCGUUUACUUCACCAUGAAGACGGACCCUCGACCCGAUGCUGCUACCAUUAAGACCGACAUGGAGAAGCAGAGGUCGUCUCUGCUGGACGCCCUGUGCAGGAAGGGCUGCGCUCUGGCCGACCAGCUGAUGAGCGGCGCGCCGCAGGACGGCGGCGGCGUUGGCGCCGUCGCCGCCGCCGACCAAGCCGACGCAAGGGAACUUAGUGAACAGGAGGCGAGUAGUUCCGACGACUCCGCGCAGAGCAUGGCGAACACUCUGACGGAAACCUUCUGGGAGGUGCAGAAGUGGGCGGAGCUAACUGACUCAAAGGUGCUGAUGUUUUCCUACAAACACGCCCUUGUGAACAAAAUGUACGGCCGAGCCUUAAAAUACGCCUCCAAGAUGGUGGAGGAGAAGCCCAGCAAAGAGAACAUGAAGAACUGCAUCCAACUGAUGCGUCACCUCAAAUGGACGCACUGUGCCACCUUCACCGAAAACUGGCUCCCUGUCAUGUACCCUGCAGACUACAGUCCCUUCUAGAACUCCGACCAGCGGCAUGAACGGCACGGCCACACUGAAGCAUCAGUAGGAAAGCUCCUCACUUUCAUUUGGAGCGAGGGCUUCUUUUUUUGGGGGGUGGGGGGGGGCAGCGAAGGACAGCGUGGAGCUCACAGGUCAUUUUAAAAGGCCACGUUAGGCGUCGGUUUUUUGAUUCGAGUGCCACCAGCAGCACAACAACAAACAAUUGUAUUCACGGAUCUUUUAUUUCCUUUCAAAUCCACAAUUUGUAGUUGCGGUUCCGUCUUAUUGGAGGUUCUCUAGCGUCGUGAUCACAUUUUUUUUGCCCGUGGACAGCAGUUUACACUUUAUUUUUCUUUUUUUUUUUUUUUUUAAAUCUCCGUCUUUUCCUCUAAUCUUCAAUUUUCGAGGGACACCGACCGGGAAAUCGUCCCACGUCUCUGUGCCAUGCUGACCCGGAUGUUAAGUUGACUGUUGGACUUUUAUAAUCUGGACGUCACUCAAAUGAACAAACCUCAGAACUGAAGCAGUAUUGCGGUGCCUUGCAUCCAUGUUACCUUUACUGACAUGGGGGGGGAGGAUGUGCUUGGGCUGGAGAUGUGUGAUUUAAAAAAAAACAAAAAAAAACACCUAAACCAUUUUUUCUUUCUUUUUUUUUUUUUGCAUCGGUCGGCACACCAAGUAGCGUAGAGGCACUCCGCUCAUCAGCCUCUGCCGCCAAAAGGGGGCCACAGCCUCAUUUUGCAUCACGCCGCUUACCGCGCCUCAAGUUAAGCCGAGCAGCGACACGUGGCCACCCACCAUCGGUCCUCAGCCGUGGCACGUUCACUCGUUAGUCGGUAUGUUUUCUGCACGGCAUUCACAAUGUUGCUCGCGUACACGAAGAGACCUAAAAUAUGUACAGACGCGCCUGUCGGAGCAUAGCAGGAUGCAAUACUGUAAUACUAAUAUGCCAAUUUGUAUUUUGCAUAUAUGCAUGCCUUGUAGGAUUUCGGGAUACUUGGUUUUAGUUGGAAGCUAAUUAUAAGUUGAAUACUUUUUUUUUUUUUAUAUCUGAAACCUUUUGUCAGAUAAGUCGGUGAGUGAAUUUAAUUUAUGGCCAGCUUUUUUGUUUUCCACGAGCGUCAAACCGAGCAGAAGGAUGAAGGACGAGUACGCGGCUUCCACGGAGGCUCUUUUUGCGUGUUUUUGAAACUUUACCUCAACUUACUUUCAUUUGUUGAAGCACGGAUGGCCAUUUUGCAGAUGAUGCGGUGGUUUGACCCUUUGGAUGUAUUUUUGUUUUUCUCAGCAAUUUUCCAUCCAUCACAUUUAUGACAUUAAUCGAUAUUUUGGGAGUGGAGGGGGAAAGUUGCAUAUGUGCAGUGAACAGAGACGCGCAUAGCUUUUGUGUGACAAUUGCAUUUAUUGAUGCAUUUCAAUUGCAGAUGCACAUCACUGCAAGGUCGAGUUGGUCUGAAGAUGUUAAACUGGGAAGGAUUUUGUUUUUUUUUUUUUUGGUCAAUGGCCAGUAACGUUUUAUAAUUCAGCAAUAGACUGGUGUUGUGUAGUUUUAAAAAAAAAUAUGUAUCAAUAACUAUUUAAACCAAUGAUAAUUGUCAACUGGGUUGUGUAACUGGACCUGGGUUUGUUUAAAAAAAAAAAAACAUAUCACUCCGUAUGUAAUGACAGGUCACUAAAAUGAUUUUUUUUGCGGGGGGGGGGCGGUGUACUCACAGUUCAUGUUGACAUUGCGUUUCUAUUUUUAGCUGUCAUAUUUUAAAGUCAGUUGCCUCAGAAUUUUCACCCAUUUACAGUUUUCAUGGAAACAUGAACCUGCAGUUUUUUUUUUUUUGGUUUGUCUGUCUUUCUUGCAUUGUUGUUACUUUUGCCCCCAUCCCUGUGUUUGGGCGGGUGUCGGGUCUGGUAAACAAAAAGUUCAGGAUUCUGCUACUUGCCGCGUGUGUUGCCAUUGACGGUCUCCCCGAAAAAGGCCUUCCACCACCACUGAAUGCCGUCCAUUUCUGGCACCAAACAGAAUUCUCAUGUUUCUUUCUUUGCUGGUGUUAGGACAGUUAAAAAAAAAAAAAAAUAUAUAUAUAUAUAUAUAUAAUAUAUAUAUAUAUUUUUUUUAAAUAUUACACACACGCACUGUUGUUUUCUGACUGCAAUUUUUUUAGGCUUUAAUUGCGGCAAGGGCCAAUAAAUUGUUGCUAUAAAAGCCUUUGUUCUUCAGAGACUUGUAUAAAAAUGGGGAAAAAAAGCGGAUGCAAUCACGUCCGACAGAAGGAACGAACACUGAAUAAAAUCAUUUUCAUGAACGU